UAAGACUAAGACUGAGAUACUAAGAAGAUCAAAGGGUAAUAUAUAAUUAGCAUUCCACCCGUCCUACGGAAUAAUACUACGGGCUUGAGACUAAUGACAUUUCCCUGUGCCCAAACUCACGAGCUCUACCUAUUCAUCUUCGUGUUCUCCCUCCGCCGCAUCUUCACAACCACCUGCCAUUGCUACCUCGGAUCGUCAUGGAGUUGGCCUUCAUCUCUCUGUUGGGUUCGAGGGUCAUUUGCGGAUGGUCCAAUUUUGUGCAGCAGCAGCAUUAGGGGGAGGAAGAGAUAGCAGAGCGGAUUCGGGAUGCUGCCUCCUGUGGCGAGCAAGCGAUACGUGCUGCGGCUGUUCAUAUCGCUCAAGCACGUGACGGCCAACGUGGUGGACCGUCGCAGCGGGCGCGUGGUGGUGACGGCGUCCUCGGUGGAGAAGGCGCUCAAGGCGGGGUUCGAAUGCGGGCGCACCUGCAACGCCAAGGCGGCCGCGGCGGUGGCGGAGGUGCUCGCCAUGCGCCUCAAGGUCGACGGCCUGGCCCGGGAACCUAUCCACGCCGACGCUACCAAGGAGGUGGAGAAGAAAGGCUUCAAGAACCGCACCAAGGUGUGGGCCAUGCUCAACGCCCUCCGCUCGCACGGCGUCAACCUCAUCCUCGACCAAGGCGACAUCCGCCAUCCUCCUCCUCCUCCUCAUCUCCCUUGAGCGCUUGAUUCUUCAUAGAUCAGACAAUUGAUAUAUGAUGUCCUAUAUCUGUUCGAUCAAAUGCUUGUGCGGAUGUGCGAUUCA